AUGAAUCCAUCAUCCGAAACCAGAGAGGUGAUAGAACAAGGCCUGCGUGAUUACAUGAGAAAGAAGGCAAAGCAUUCACUGCGAACGAAUAGCAUCCAGCUUAAGAAUCUCGGCAUCUCGUUACGUCUAGAUGUUCCCGAUUUCGGAGUCACUGAGAUACGGACAGUCCUAUACCAAGAUGGGCAGCCCUCGGAGAAUGACACCGGUAUCUUGGAUGUGCUUUACUCGCAUCUGAGAUAUCGGCAUUCCACGCCAUCCGGCCGCAAUACGGAUGAAUUGUCGAUUCUACGUCAAUGUAUCAGUGAGGUUAGGACGAUCGCUCUGUUCUUCCCGGAUAUACGGGAUACCAAUAUCCGGACCUGCAUGGCGGCAAUACUAGGGACAUUAUGUUCCAUCGAUGAUAUAAUCGAAGACAUGAUGCCUGAUGAGGCGACUGUUGUUCUACACCAUUCGAUACAGACUCUGCGAGAAGAAUGCUAUUCCUGCUCGUCUCAGCAUGCCUUUGUUCAGUAUUUCAUCGCCUUUAAACAGCAUUGUUCAACACAGCUGUCCAAGGAAGUAGCUCGACGUUUCUUUGGGAGUGUCUGCAUUAUACUGGAGGCGCUGCUUGAUGAAAUCAAGUUCAGUCAAGGUGACUUGCCAUAUAACCUGGAGACAUAUAUGAGCAUACGUCGACGGACGAUCGGGAUGGCCCCAUUUUUCACACUCGCCAGGAGCAUGCUCGAAAUAGAUGACCACCAGUGGUCAACAGAAAUAAUGGAGAUGGAGAGCGAUGUUUGCGCCAUGCUUGGUCUGCAGAAUGACCUUGUUGGCCUGGAGAAGGACAUCCGAGCAAAGGAGAAAAUGAAUGCAGUUUUUGUGAAUGUUGCACAGAUCGUGGGCCAGACGAUAUACGCAGGGGACGAUGCCACUCUGCAGGCUGCCACGAACAAUAUCUGUGCUUUGCAUAACCACCUCAUGCGGCGUGUGUUGGAAAGACAUGCAAAUAUUCAGCAGAGGGCUACUGGGACGCCCGGGCAUGCCUUCGAGUGCAGGGUUGCGGACAUGCAGCUUAUGGCUACUGAGACACAUCUGAAGUGGUGCACAAUGGCGAAGAGAUAUCACUUGAUUCCGGAGCUACACAUGAUUUAA